UUAUUGAUAUAACGAUAAAAAUUUUUAGUCUGGACAUACUCAUGAAUCGCCAGGAUUAUUUGACCUUGCAACACCUUACGGAAUCUAUAAUGAUAACAUUUCGGAAUGGGAUGAGUAUCGUGAUAAUUACGCUUAUCAUCAAUAUUUUCAAAAUCAACAACAUUAUGAUGAAGAAGAAGCUAAUAAAGAAGACAUUAGUAAUUUUUGCAUAUCAUAUUUUAAGGGCCUACCGAGAGUAG